CUCUUCUCUCUCAUUUCCUUCACACACUAUUCCGUACACUCCGGUCCCCACCCACCCACCUCGAUCACUCACUCCUUUCAAUUAACUCAUCUGAGUGACAAGCCCCUUUUUUGAUACCCCAUUUUCAGAAAGGAAUUGACUUUCCAAGCACUCAAUGCUGUGGGCAUUAGAAAGUCGCAACCUUGCCAUAUCAUAUUUAUUUUAUAUGUGACUCCAACAACAACAAAGGUAUGAGCAUGGUGUAAGCAUAUUAGGCCUAACACAACACCACCUUUCCUUUCUCCUUCUUUGAUUUCACACUCCCAUUUUACAAGGGAAUGGUUAAAAAAAAAGCGUACAACAUAGUACCCAAAUAGGCAUAUAGGAGACCUAAGCCUAUAACACCCUCAAUCAAUACAAGAAUAUACCACACCACACACAACCCGAGAAAAGCAAAAAUUUCAAGUGCAAACUUCAAUGCCGAGAGCAACAGUGCUAGCUGUAGUACAAGGAAAGAAAGCCUAUGAGAGGGUCCAUUGUGGCCACCUAUGACAACCUAAUUGGCCUAACACUUUUUGAGUUUUCACUUUCAUUUUCUCAGCCUUCUCCACUUCUGUCUAAUGUAAUGUAACAGCUUAAAACAACAACAACAACAACGCUUCUAACUUGUUGUAAGUAACCAGUUACCAAUCAAAGCCACUUUUCUAGUCACAGAACAACAGCGAAAAGUUGAGAAUCAAAUCAACCUUUGUCUUCAUUCGGAGUCACGAAAUUUGUUUUCUUUAAAUGGAAACGGUUAUUAAAAUAUCUUGCUUUUUUUCGGUGUCUGACUUUAAUGUUACACUACACUAAUGUUACAGAUCAUAGGCGGGGAUUACGAGGUGUGAUAUUAAGAUAAGAAAGGAGAGGCAUAAAUUUAACUCUAUCGCCGCUCGUUCGCUUUGGCAAUCUUCAUAUCACAAAAGUUACAGAUCUCGAGGCAUUUUCAGUUGUUCAUUGCAGCCAUAUUUGGUUGAGGAGCUUUUGCUUUAGGUUUUGGUGUGGGAUAAGGCCAUGGUAGCUUGGGGGGGGGGGGGGUUGGUGAUCAUGCUGAAUUUUGGUAUUGUUUGACUUGACAAUAACAUGUAGUCAUGGUAUAGUCUCCACUUUGAACUAAACUUGGACUUUGUUUCUGCUUUGUAUUUGAUGAUAUGAAUAUUCUAUGAUCUAUUGUCUAUUGGGGCGUGUGGAAUUGUUAAUUAGUAUUCUCUGUGUUGGGAGGUUUUGAACUUGCAAGUUAACUGUUGUUAUUUACUCAUUGGUGGUUAGUUUGUUUCUUGUACUUAGGCUAUGAUUUUAGCCUGUGACAUUUAAUAUUCUACUGUGAUUUGCAUAAUUGGGGGGAGAAAUUUGGUCCCUUGAUUGGGAAUUCCCUAUUUUAAGGUGUUGAGAAGUAGUGUAUUGAUAGUUGGGAGAAGGGUUAGGUCUUGAAGGCGAGAUUUUCAUGUGGAAGGUGGUUAGUUUCAAAUCGAAGUGUGAGAUAUGCUGAGCUCUGAUGAUGGAGACAUGGAUGUGUUCUUUGACUCAGUGGAUAGUUUGUCAGCUCAAGAUUCUGUUUUAGCCAAAGAAGAGUUUGGUUCUGGAAGGUGUGGUUAUGACGAAAUUUGGGUGAAGGAGCCUGUUAGUGUGAAGGAGAGGAGGGAACGUUUUCUGCAGGGUUUGGGCUUAGCUGAUUCUUCUUCCAAGGUUUGUUCACAAGAGAAAAUGAGCUUAGAUGACUCAUCCAUCAGCUUGGGAUUGGAGAGGAUCAGGGAGUGCAGUGGGGCAAUCUCAAAUGCUUGCAUUUUGCAUACUGAUCAAGUAGUAUCUGAGAAGUUGAUUCUCUCUGGAGGCAAAGCAGCUUCUAAAGAAAAAAUCUCUUUGGAUGAAUUCAAAGGGUGUCCCCAAGAUGAAGCAGAAGCAAACAUUCAAGGAAAAGAGCAUGAGUUCUCUUCUACAGCUGAGGAGCACAGACCCAGAGAAGCUGUUUCACAAGAAGAAUUUCAGGAUUUUGAUAUGAGUAAAAGAAAGAGGAAAAACUGGUGGAAGCGCUUUGUGAACAUCAGGAAAAGUGGUGAAGGAAAUGUAAGGUCCAAAUUGAAUGCAGGGACAAAUAAAACUCGAAGAAUAAAGGUGAGGCAGAAUAAAAAGAGGUGGCUGGAGUUCAGUGGCCUAUACCUUGGACAAGAGGUUAGAGCACACAAAGGCCUAGUCUGGACCAUGAAAUUUAGUCCAUGUGGUCAGUAUUUAGCGAGUGGAGGCGAAGAUGGUGUUGUUCGCAUAUGGUGUGUUACAUCACUGGAUAAAUCCAGUAUUUGUUUCACCCCAGAAGACAGUACUUCUAAAAGCAAAGUGGAAUGUGACAACUCUUCUCCUCGGAAGAAACACUCAAGCCAACCCUUCAUUUUCCUUCCAAAUAGUGUUUUUCAAAUUGAGGAAUCACCACUGCAAGAAUUCUUUGGUCAUUCCAAUGAUGUCUUGGAUUUGGCUUGGUCUAAUUCAGAUAUUCUCCUUUCAUCUUCUAUGGACAAGACUGUUCGCUUGUGGCAAAUUGGUUGUAAUCAAUGUCUAAAUGUUUUCCAUCACAAUGACUAUGUGACAUGCAUUCAAUUCAACCCUGUUGAUGAAAACUACUUCAUUAGUGGGUCCAUUGAUGGUAAGGUUCGAAUAUGGGGGAUACGUGAAGAGCGAGUUAUUGACUGGGCAGAUAUACGAGAUGCCAUAAGUGCUAUAAGUUACCAGCAAGAUGGGAAAGGAUUUGUAGUUGGUUCUGUUACAGGCACUUGUUGUUUUUAUGUUGCUUCAGGAACAUAUUUCCAGCUUGAGGCUCAGAUAGAUGUCCAUGGAAAGAAGAAAGCGUCCGGCAACAAGAUUACUGGCAUUCAGUUCUCCCAAAAAAACAGUCAGAGAAUAAUGAUCACAUCAGAAGAUUCUAAAAUUUGUGUAUUCGAUGGCAUUGAGCUUGUUCAGAAAUACAGAGGUCUUCCUAAGUCAGGAUGUCAGAUGUCUAGUUCAUUCACAUCAAGUGGAAAACAUAUAAUCUCAGUUGGAGAGGACUCCCAUGUAUAUAUUUGGAACUUUGAUGACAUGGGAAAUGCUUCUUCAAAACAGACGAAAUCCGAACGCUCCUGUGAGUACUUUUUCUCUAAAGGUGUUACUGUUGCAAUUCCUUGGUCAGGCAUGAAAGCAGAUAAAAGGGACUCUAGUGGUAAUUAUUCCCACCAUUCUUCAGAAAUGCCAACCCAACAGCUAGAGGUUGCCUCUGAGGCUAGAGAUCACAAACGUUUUUCUCUUGGUAAUUGGUUCGCCAUUGAUGGCACGUGUCGAGGUUCUAUGACUUGGCCCGAGGAGAAACUUCCUAGCUGGGAUUUACCUAUAACAGAAGAUGAAUAUGGUCACCAGCAGUUAUGUUACAAAGAUAAUUGCCAUGGCAGAAAUGUAUCAGAAACAUGGGGACUAUCAAUUGUGGCAGCUGGUUGUGAUGGAACUAUCAAGACAUUCCACAACUUUGGAUUGCCCGUUAGGCUUUAAUUAAGACAAUGCCAUGGUUAUGUUAGCAUUGAAUAACCAUGUAAAUGUCAUGGUUAUGUUGGUGUUGAAUAACCAUGUAACUUACUCCUAUUUAAGGAUCGAUGAUUCAGCCACAAUGCCUUCCAUAUAUGAGAACUUUGGCCACUUAUCCAUUAAGGCUUUGCCUGGUAAAGGUGGAAAUUUACAACGGUGUAUUAUGGCCUUAGAAUCCAAUGUAAGUGGCUCAAAAUGUGGGAAGACGGAAUUUGAAGCCUUUGCCUCUGCUUAUAUGAUGAUCAUUGCUAAAUCCAUGUUGAGUCUCAAGGCUCUCGAAAUGUUCUAGAAAUUUGUACACUUAACACUUGUGAUAUGCCUCUAGUUUAAUGUGGUUCUAGUGGUGAAGUCAGGCCACAGACCACACGAGAAUCUUAAUCUCUUUUUCUCAUUCUCACAUUGUGAUUAGAUGAUUUAUACAGCUGAUACAAAUUUAAAAAUGCAAUUGAAAUUUUAUUCAAUUUUGCGUUUCUA